CUGACCGUGUCUGUUAUGGAACUCCAAUAUGCCGAUGAUAACGUAGUCUGUGCACAUUCAUUUCGAUUCCAACCUUCUUCCUUCCUUUCCCUUUUCCCAGGCGGCCUGGAGACGGAGGGCGACUACAGCUACGAGGGCUUUGAGCAGAAAUGUAACUUCUCCAAGGAGAAGGUGGCCGUUUACAUCAACAGCUCCGUGGCCAUCUCUCGGGACGAGAAAGAGAUCGCCGCCUGGCUGGCCAAGCACGGGCCCAUCUCCAUCGCCCUCAACGCCUUCGCCAUGCAGUUCUACAGGAAGGGCGUCUCCCAUCCCUUCUUCCUCCUUUGCAACCCGUGGAUGAUAGACCACGCCGUCCUCUUGGUGGGCUAUGGCACGCGUGGGACGCUUCCGUUCUGGGCCAUCAAGAACAGUUGGGGCGAAGACUGGGGAGAAAAGGGCUACUACUAUUUGUACCGUGGAAGCCGAGCCUGUGGCAUGAACACUAUGUGUAGCUCCGCCGUCGUGGAUUAAUUAGCAACCAGGGAUUAAUUAAUUUGAUGUCUCCGAAAUGACCAAUCGGACGACAAGGAGCCUCGGACUCAGUUUGGACUCGGUUUGGAAACCAUUAAGAAGCUGCAGUAUUUAUUCUGAGAAGAAAUUAUUAUUUUCUCUGAAAUUAGGUCAAAACUUAAACCCUAUUUAUUUGGAAGGCUAAUAAUAAUAAUAAUAAUAAUAAUAAUAAUAAUAAUAAUAAUAAUGAAGUCAAAGAACCGGAUUCAGGACCCAGCAAGCAAUAGGUUAGGAAGGUGAUUAUAAUUAUUAUUAUGAUUAUUAAGUAUAUAUUUGAAUUCAAUAUUUCCAGGUUUUUUCCACACAAUAAUAAUAAU